AUAGUGUGUGUGUGUGUGUGUAUUUUUUUUAGAGUUGUUUCUAAGAUGGCGACGAAAAAAACGCGUCUUAUGUGAAUGCAAAUGCAAUCAUAACAACUUAAAUUUUAUGCUAAUAAAUGUGCGCAAAUCUGAGACAAAACUAUUGAACAACAGUGCUGAAUAAGUGCAGAAUAUUUUACAUGUGAAAUUUGGUGCGAAAGUUUUGUGAAAAUGGCCACAAAUAUGUAUCGAGUCGGAGACUAUGUCUACGUUGAGACAACGCCGAAUAGUCCCUUCCUGAUACGCCGCAUCGAGGAGUUGAAUAAAAACCAAACCGGCAAUGUGGAAGCGAAGGUCAUGUGCUUCUACCGGCGUCGUGAUCUGCCCAACCCGCUUGUACAGCUGGCCGAUAAGCAUCAACUGGCAACCGCCGAGGACUCACCGCUGGCGAUGAAACUGAAGAAAACCUGGCUUAGAACACCGGUGGGCGAAGAGCAGGCGGCGCAAGCUGUCCUCGAUCCCUCAAUAGCUGCACUCGAGGAGGAACGCACCAGUCCGACGCAAGCGUCUGCCGCCGCCGCCGCCAACAACAAUUCCAGCACCAAUAACAAUACCAACAAUAAUAACAAUAAUAAUAAUAACAACAAUAAUAACAGCGCUGCGAGCGGCGCUGCUUCUGCUGCUGCUGGUGGCGCUGGUGGAGAUGGAGAGAAGAGCGACGCGCUAACCAGCAAACAGCGAUACCAGAUCAAACAUCGGGAGCUGUUUCUAUCGCGACAAGUUGAGUCGAUACCCGCCACACAAAUCCGAGGGAAGUGCUCCGUGACGCUGCUCAACGAGACGGAGUCACUGCAAAGCUAUCUCAAUAAAGACGACACAUUCUUCUACUGUCUGGUCUUUGAUCCGAAUCAAAAAACGUUGCUUGCCGACAAGGGCGAAAUACGUGUCGGCAGUCGCUAUCAGUGUGAUAUACCCGCCAAGCUAAAAGAUACCGCCACAGAUGAACGUAAACUGGAGGAGCUGGAGUCGCUUGUAUGGACGCCGGAACAUAGUUUGACCGAUCGCAAAAUCGAUCAAUUCCUUGUUGUGUCGCGUUCCAUUGGCACUUUUGCCCGCGCCCUCGACUGCAGCAGUUCAGUAAAGCAGCCCUCAUUGCACAUGUCCGCAGCGGCCGCUAGUCGAGACAUAACGCUGUUUCACGCCAUGAACAUUCUGCACCAGCACGAUUACUCAAUUGAUGAGGCCAUGUCCUCGCUAGUUCCUUCCACUGGGCCAGUUCUCUGUCGCGACGAAAUCGAAGAUUGGAGCGCAUCGGAAGCAAAUCUCUUUGAGGAGGCGCUAGAUAAAUAUGGCAAAGACUUUAAUGACAUACGACAAGAUUUUCUUCCUUGGAAAACGCUAAAGCAAAUUAUUGAAUAUUACUAUAUGUGGAAGACCACCGAUCGGUAUGUGCAGCAGAAACGCGUUAAGGCUGUCGAGGCGGAACUCAAGCUCAAACAAGUCUAUAUACCGCAAUAUAAUAACAAUGGCAAAGGCAACGGUGCCAGCGUGAAGUCAGGCAGUGGCGGCGGACCUGGCGGCAUCUACAAUGGCACCACCAAUGGCGGCGCCGAUCUGUCCAACAAUGGUAAACCGUGCGAAUCGUGCGGGACAACUAAAUCAUCACACUGGAAUUCCUUUAGCAAUGGUCAUCUGCCAAGUCGACUAUGUCAGAGCUGUUGGGACUAUUGGCGAAAAUAUGGCAGUAUGAAAUCUGCGCAUAAGGUUGAAGCUAACGAUGGCGAGGCUAAGAAGAAGGCUGCCAUUGCAGCAGCGACUCCAGUAGCAGCGUUAGCUGCAACAGGCACCACCACCGCUGUGGUUGAUCUUAACGAUGAUGAGAAAGUUAGUGAUCUAAGCAAUCGUCAAUUGCACAGGUGUUCCAUUGUCAACUGCGGCAAAGAGUUUAAGCUGAAGACCCACCUGGCGCGCCAUUACGCACAAGCGCAUGGCAUUGCCAUCAGUUCAGGAUCGCCGCGGCCCAUCAUGAAGACGCGCACUGCCUUCUACUUGCACACGAAUCCCAUGACCCGUGUGGCACGCAUUGUUUGCCGAAGUAUUGUGAAACCCAAGAAGGCGGCGCGGCAGAGUGCAUACGCAAUUAAUGCGCUGUUGGUCAAACAAGAAUUUACGAAUCGUAUUAGCGGCAAAUCGCAGGCGGAUAUAAAAAAAAUGCUUUUGCUCAAGCCCAAGGAUCGGGGCAGUGUCACAAAAAUUGCAAAUCGAUUGGGUGCACCUGGCAGCGGUCCGCAUGAAUGGCUGGUGCUGACGCCCAAGGAUAAAAUGCCACAGCCCGUUGUUGUCUCAUUCCCAAAGCCGCCCAAAGGACCAGAUGGAAGUUUGCUCUACGAGCGUGUGCCCAAUAAAACGCCCGAUGUGGUUGCAGUGCCCGUUGUGGCUGACAAAGAACUAACCAUAAUUCCAGCGCAAGCAACGUCUACGAUACGUAAACGUGCGCACGAGGAACAGCAACUCAAUGGCACCGAAGUAACAAUUGUGCCCAGUGGGCCACCAGCCAAACGCCCCAACAAGGAUCCCAUGCCCUCGCAUUGCCCCAGCCCGGAGCAGUUUGCUGCAAUGAUGGCAGCAUCUGGCCAGCCCCUCUCUAGACAUCACCUUAAUGGGAAGCAAAAAAUUGCGCAAAUGGCACGUGGCGGCAAUGGACGCAAGCAAGUUAUUAGUUGGAUGGAUGCACCGGACGAUGUUUACUUUAGAGCCACAGACGUACACAAAAAAACACGAAAAAUACUCUCAGCUGUGGAUCUGCGUCGUGCGGCGCGCAAACCAUGGCGUUCACUGCCCAUCAAGUCAAUGGCCCCCGAGCCGAGCAGCAAACCUAUUGAAUCACAAAUCGUAAUACUGGACUGACCGUCUUCGGCAGAUACAUCAGCGUCCGCAUCAGCUCCAUUUGCAGCAGCAGCAACAGCGACAAAAUUGCUGUCAUAUUCAGCCAACAGAUUUGAACAGCAACAGCCACAUCCGCCAUUUCCAUAUACAAUGGAUGCAUUGCUAAACUAGUGACCCAGAUUCUGUCUUUCAGUGGCUUGCCAUGUACAUAAAUACAUACAUACAACCAUACAUACAUCCCCUGCAUGCUAAAAACAAGAAGAAGAAAAACAGAAAACCCAAAAAAAAAAAA